AUAAAAGCAGUCAGCAGUUCAGGCCCGUCAAGUUCGGAUUUAUUUAAAAACAAUCCGAAAUCGAGACAAUUCGAUUAUUUGAAAGACGGAUAAAUUAAUUAGUUUUACAACCUCCAUUUAAUUCAGGAACAAAUCUUAAAACAUUGAUUCUAAGUUUAAAGAUGACAAGCACAGAUUAUGUUCAAGGCAUUAAUAAAAUGAAAAAACCAACUACAAAAGUGAUGGCUCCACCUGGUGGGAAAACUAAUAUCAACAUAUUUGGUGGUGAGGAACCUCAAGAAGAACAUGUUGUGAAUAAGGGACAAGCGCUCAGAAAUCAUUCAAGUGUAUUUGCAAGUGCAGAAGAGCCUGCAGUAAGUGUCCCUGAAAAAUCCAAAGUAUUGGAGACCUCUCAACCUCAAAGUACACGCAAAGAAGUUCCUUCUUUAAAUGCUCACACUGAGGAAAACCCAGGGAAAGAAAGACCGAGCACUAAGGUUAUGGCACCACCUGGAGGAAAAACAUCAAUUAACCUGUUUGGCUAAAUAAACAAUAAAAUAAUGGAUAGUCAUAUUGAUAUUGCUUUAACAAUUUUUUUUAAAUUUGUAUUUAUUAUCAUGAGAUAAAUAAUUUCAGGUGGG